CUCUGCUGUAUAAUACAAAACAACAUUAUAAUAUACAUUAUUAUUUUUGCCUGAUUUUGCUGUACAAUACUCCUGAAAUGUUUGCUUCUUCCACUGUUUCCACAGAGGCUGUGUACCUCCGCUGUACAAACCUGGUCCUGCAGCAUUCUGCACAGUGAUUUUAAAGCUUAGUCCCAGACUCCCAGCAAAUUAUGCAUUGAAAAUGAAUUUCACCAGCCUUUUCAAGAGGUGUAUCUCUGAACGGCUCUUGAUUUGCAAAACCUUCUAAGGAAGCCAGUGAUUGAGAAGAUGAGGAGAGAUCGUAUUAACAGCAGCAUUGAGCAGCUCAGGAUAUUGCUGGAGAAAGAGUUUCAGAAACAGCAACUUCCAUCCAAACCAGAGAAGGCUGAUAUCUUGGAGAUGACAGUGAGCUUCCUGCAACAGUAUCUGGCUGCUAAAUCACCAUCACCCAGCCAGUCCUACAGAGAAGGUCACUCUAGAUGUCUCCAGGACUCUCUGCACUUCCUCUCCCUGCAGCCACAAUCAGAAGCUCAGCUGAAGCUGUUGCAUCAUAUCCAGGGACCUCAUUGUGCUCUAGAAGUGACACAUGCCCUAGUUCUGCCCUCCUGUGACCCUCACACCAAACAAACAACUCUAAAGGGAACCAAAGUUCUAUGGAGACCCUGGUAACAGAGAGGUGUUACCUGGGAGAUGAUUUGUCGUGAAACUAGGGAACUACUUAUAUUUUAUUGUGUUCAUCAUUGGAGUUUACUGGUUCAUCUCAAAACAAGGACUCAGACUGUAUUUGAAUCUUGCAUUUGUGAGAUAAUUACCCCAUAAAGUGGGGGGGGGGGACUAUGUGUAUCUAAUGAUUAGGUCAUGAGUACAUUGCAUAGGGCAAUUUAUAUUAGCAAGGAAUCUUUCUUAUAUUAUGUUUAGCUGAAU